AUUUUGUCUCUUUAUGGUCAUUGUUAUGAGAAAAAAAAAAAAAUCUCUUUUGAGCAGCUAAACUUUAAACCUUAAACAUCAAAGUUCUCUAUCAAGAAUAGUUCCAAGUGUCGUUUGCAUUGACCCCUUAGCUAACAUCACUUCAUUGUUUACUUUCCAUCUUUUAAUAUGUGAUUUUGCACUCCCACAAAAUAGAAUCUUUAUAGGUAAUAAUCAUAUAUGCCUAACACCCGAAAGAAAGAACAAAAAGUGUAUAAGCAUCAACUAAAUGCGUUCAUAUGCCCUGGUCCAGAACAGACAAUAUUCAUGAUGCCAACAUCAAAUACCACAGACAAGGCAAGUUAAAACCAAAUACAAACCAGCAUGUAAUUAGAAAGAAAAAAAAAAAGACUGAUAAAUGUUUAAACUGAAAACCUAACUAUUUUCAUAUAAUCGUAAGCUAACCUUAAAUGCAUUAUCUAGAUGGGUCCAACAAUAGAUGACCACUAGGGUUGCAAGCGGGGGAAUCCAAUACUCGACAUCGACAAAGGAUGUCACCACUUAUUGGGAACUUAGUCUGUCUAUAGCGAUAAAUAAAAAGUUAGAUGAGAAGACCAUGUGUGAAAUUAUGGUUCCCAGCUCUUUUUCUAUGUACUAUAUAUGUCUACAGUUGCACUGGUCAAUAAGGAUCCUCCUUAAUUACACAGAAGGACAUCAAUGUUAUCGUGAAAAAAAAGGGUCCCCAAAUUUGAAUAAUGAUUUCGAAUUAAAAAGUCAAAUAAUAAAGCGGAAGUACAAUAUAUAGCUUGUACCAACUAUUCAUUGAAUCAGAAGAAGCCAAAACCACAUAAGGCCUAUGCAAUAGUAAUAACAAAUGUUUAGCUUUCUAAUUCCAAUCAAAAGCCCUUGCGUAAGCACAUCACGUAAUCAAGUACUUAUUCCACCAGAGAAGCAUACAAGGACACAGUGGUCCAUCUCCCGACUUUUCUUCCCCUUUUUAAACACUUCAGAUAACAUUCAUUCCAAACCCCAAACCCCAAACCCAUCCCUCAACAUUGCUAAGUCUCUUAACCAAAGUUCCACCACCAUCUUCUCAAGACUACAACUUAAAAGAUUUAACCAGAAAUGGAGGGUCAGAGAAAACAACGGUGGGGUUACUUGAAAGAAAAGGCUACAGUGUCCAACCUUGAUGACGAAGAAAUGGAGAUUGUCAUGGAUGGAGAAGAAGAAGACGGGGGAGACGAAGAUAGACGGAAGAGAAUUAUGGAGAAAGUUAGAGGUCCUAGCACAGACCGUGUUCCAUCGCGACUGUGCCAGGUGGAUAGGUGCACUGCUAAUUUGACUGAGGCCAAGCAGUAUUACCGCAGACACAAAGUCUGUGAAGUUCAUGCAAAGGCAACAGCUGCAACUGUUGCAGGUGUCAAGCAACGUUUUUGUCAACAAUGCAGCAGGUUUCAUGAGCUACCAGAAUUUGAUGAAACUAAAAGAAGUUGCCGGAGGCGCUUAGCUGGACACAAUGAGAGGAGGAGGAAGAGUUCUGGAGAUACUUUCGGAGAAGGCUCAGGCCGGAGAGCGUUUAGUGGUCAACUGAUCCAGAAUCAAGAAAGAAACAGGGUCGACAUGAAAUUUCAAAUGACCAACUCAUCAUUCAAGCGAUCACAGAUCAGAUAAACACAAUAAACACACCGGCUCUCUCUCUUCUGUCAUCUACAUAUGUGCUAUCUAUAUUCUCUUGUUAUUCAAAUAAAGGCAUCCAACCAUGUAAGGAAAAGUGAGUCGUGGUAUUGAAUCCUACCUCAAUAUAUAACUACAAACUUCCUGUACCCUUUCUGCUGUCAUGUAAAAAAAACAUAUCCGCAAAUGUGAAAGACCUUUGCACUUGCGUCUAAUUAUGUUUAUUGAUCUUGUAUGUUUGAAGAUAAGAUUAUGAUGUGUUUUUAACUCAUGAGAACUCGACUUGAUCCUUGUUACGUGAAGUGCUAAUUGAAAAGGGUUAUAAUACAGUUUCUAGUAAGGGGUGCGUGUCAGCCAAAUGGGGCAGAAG